AUGUUGACCCAUGUUGGGAGUCAACCAAAGAAAUUUACAUACUGGUUUAAAAGAACAGAGUUCAUUCAAAUAUUGUUAACAACACCUUUUCUUUUUCCCACCACAGACACUAUAGCUGAAAGAAAUGCACUAAGAGAACAUGUGUAUCCAAAACUGAGAGAAUUCUGCAGGGAAAACUACGGGCUGGAAUUUCAGGUCAUAGACUUGUACUGGGGAGUAGAAACAGAAGAAUGGGACAGUCCUGAGCUCCAGAAGACUCGUAUGAAGCUGUUAGAAGAUUGCUUGAAAACUUCUGCAGGUCCAUGUUUUGUUGGCCUAUUGGGAGAAAAAUAUGGAAGCAUCCGAAUACCUGGAGAAGUUGAAUCAUCAGAAUUUGAAAUGAUUAUAGAUGCUGCUGUGGAGGCAAAGCUGGAGACCAGGCUUCUGGAAGAGUGGUACUGCAGAGAUGAGAAUGCAGUACCACCAGCAUAUUACCUCAGACCAAAAUCUGAAAUGCUAAAGAACUACCAUAACACUAUGGAAUCUUCUGCAAAUUCCAUGAAUAAGAGCAAAUGGCAAGACAUAGCAGAAGAGAUUAAGAGGAUUUUUAAGACUGCCGUGAAGUUGCUGUAUGAGAAAGGAAAAAUGAAACACAGCCAAGCAAAGAGAUACCUUUCCUCUGCCAUUGAAGAUGAAUUUGAUUUUGCCUUGGGAAAACAGACACCAGCUUUCCUAAAGAAGUGUGUUUGUUACAUUCGGAAAAUUGCCAACAUUGAACGUUUUGUUAAAAUUCCAGAGAUGGGAAAAUAUAUGGAUGUAACUUACACAGCCGGAAAAUUUAUGCGGGAUCCAGAAGCCCUUGAGAAACUGAUCAAGCUCAGGGAUGAAUUUAUUCCAACCAUUGUUGCAUCAUCUAAUCUGAGAGUCUAUACUUCCAUUACUCAUUGUGACAUGAAACUUGGUUAUUCGCAAGAUGUGGAGAAUCACUACAUUGAAGGACUUGGUAAACAGUUUUAUGAAGAUAUGAUUGAUAUAAUUCAGGCAACAGUACAACAGAAUUUUGACACUGAGACAGACUUGCUUUAUGAUGAAGUCCUUCAACAUUCUUCGUUAUGUAAAACAUACUCUUCUUUCUAUGAGUAUAGGUGCGAGGCUCUAAACAUAGUUCAUAAAUACAUUCUGCCCAGCAAAGUUGGACACAUUAACCCUCUUAUCAUAUAUGGAGGACCUUGCACUGGAAAAACCCUUUUGUUAGGUGAAGUAGCAAAGAAGGCUUAUAUGUGGCUGCAGGAAGAGAUGGGACCAGAAUCUGACCCUGUGGUAAUUACAAGAUUUUUGGGAUCCACAGAAAUGAGUACAGAUCUUAAGAAUCUGCUUCAAAGUAUUUGUGAACAGUUAGCAAUUAACUAUCGUUGCUUAGUACAAAGUUACCCCAAAAAGAUACAUGAUCUUCGAGAUUUGUUUAUAAAUCUCUUGAAUGAAUCUUCAUUUCACAGACCCCUGGUUAUAAUAUUUGAUGCCCUAGAACAGCUUUCAGAUAACGAUGAUGCUAGGAAGCUGUGGUGGCUCCCCAUUCACCUUCCCCGUUCAGUACGGAUAAUCUUAUCAACACUGCCAAACAAACAUGGGAUCCUGCAAAAACUGAGGUGCCUUAUUCAUGAAGAUGACAACUAUAUUGAGUUGACUGCGAGAGAUAGAAAGAUGUGUAGCCAAGUGCUGAAACAUCAGCUGUUACGAAUUAAAAGAAAAGUAACAUCAGGGCAACAAAUUUAUGUCAAUGAAGCAUUUUCAAAGUGCACAUUGCCCAUGUUUGUGAACUUAACUUUCAGAGAGGUCAGAAACUGGAGAUCUCACAAAGAUGUUGAUGAGUCUUCCCUUCGUGUUACUGUUCAUGAAAGCAUAGAGCAGUUAUUUUGCUCAUUGGAAAGCAAGUGUGGACCAAAACUGUUGUCAAGAGCACUUGGCUACAUCACAAUGUCCAAAUCUGGCCUAAGCGAAAUGGAACUGGAAGAUAUUUUAGCUCUUGAUAAUAGUGUUAUGGAUGAACUAAAUGAGAUUAUCAGGCAAAGUAACCCAUUGAGGGUACCAUACAUAUACAUUGCAAGACUUAAGGAAGGCUUGCAUGGCUACUUGAUAGAAAGGCAAGUAAAAAAUGUAACACUGCUAGUGUGGGCAAAUAGGCACCUCUAUCUUAUUGCCCAAAAACUGUAUCUCUACAAUGAAGAAGAUUUACAUGAAAUGCAUACCAACAUGGCAGAGUAUUUCCUUGGAGUUUGGUCUGGUGGCCGAAGAAAAUCCUUUUACAACAACGAUCAAUAUUUAAAUGGUUGCCUUAACAAUGAUAGAAACAUGAAUGAUGAAGACAAGCACUGUAUAGAUCAGACUGCUUUUGACAGGCAGUCACCAGAACAGCCAUGGGUUUUCCAGUGUAAUACACUGGAGCCUGACAUCUUUUUUGUCAAUCACAGAAAAAUGACAGAACUCAUACAUCACUUGACAAGAUGCGGAAGAACAGAUGAUCUGCUAUAUGGUGUCAUAAUGAACUUCAGCUGGCUGUACACAAUGAUUAAAAUAGGGCAGUUUGAUAAAGCACUUUCUGAUGUAGAAUUGGCUUAUAACUACUCACAAGAAAAGGAGCUGAAAUUUCUAGCAAGCACUUUGCGCAGUAUAAAGUUCAAAGUGACAAAAUAUCCAGGUUCACUCUCUGCUGAAUUGCAACAAAGGCUUCUUCCAGUUGUAAGCUCAUUGCCUAAACUGAGACACCUCCUUUUAGAAUGUGACAAAGACGGGCCUAAAUACUGCUCUAUUGUUCCUCUACAUUCUUCUAUGGAUGUGACUUACAGCCCUGAACGAUUGCCCUUGUCAUCCAGUUGCAUGCAUGUCACUGAGAUCUUGCCAACCUUUAAUCCAAGUACAGUUAUUGCUGCUCUAGAAAAUGGCUCCAUCAGCACAUGGGAUGUAGAGACUCGCCAACUAUUAAGGCAAAUUACAACUGCUCCAUCUGUAAUUUUAGGAAUGAAACUUACUAGUGAUGAAAAGUACCUUGUAGUGGCUACAACAAAGAACACACUUUUGAUUUAUGAUAAUCUAAAUUCCUGUCUUUUGUCUGAAGUAGAAAUUAAGGGAUCAAAACAUUGUGGAGUGGGGGGUGGUUCAAAUUUUAUAAAUGGAUUUACAUUGUCCAUUACUCAUGCACUUGCUUGGCUGGAGGCCAGCAAAGAUGUUACUGUAAUAGACCUACUUUAUGGAUGGCCUCUUUAUCACUUCCACUGCUGGUAUGAAGUCACUUGUGUGCAGUGUUCUCCAGAUGGAGUCUAUGCUUUCUGUGGGCAAUAUCUGAAUACCACAACAAUAUUUCAUUUGGGCAGUGGAGAGAAGCUGUCUACUGUAACCUCUGAAUUUUCCAGUGGAUUUGUGAAAUUUCUUCUUGUUCUGGACACAGCUCAAGAAAUGGUGAUGGUGGACAAUGAGGGUGGCCUUUCAGUUUGGAAUACUGAGGAAAUCACAAAUCCCCAGCUGACAGAUGAUUUUGACUGUAGAAGAGAAGACAGUGAAGUUGUCAGCAUUGAACUUUCUGAGGACCAAAGUGCAAUUUUAGUAUGUAAAGCACUCAGUAUUGAACUUCUCAACACUAGUGUUUGGAAGGUGGCUGAAAAGUUCAGAGCAAAACACAAUGAGCGCUUUAUCUCUGCAGUGUUAUCCAAAAAUGGCAAUUGUAUAAUUGCUUCCAUGGAAAAUACCUCAGCCAUUUUUGUUUGGAGGAGAGACACAGGACAGUGCAUGGCAAGCUUACAGGAAAUCUCAGGAACCAUAGUCAAACUAAUUAAAUCAAAUCACCAUAAUAUGCUGCUAUCCUUAUCCACUAGUGGUGUUCUUUCCAUUUGGGAUAUAGAUAUCAUAACCGCUAUGUCCAACAUUGACAAAUCUGGCAAACCCAUUCAGAGACUAAUAUUGCCUGCCAGAGGUGAGGUAAUUUAUACAUUGGAUGGAUCAGAAGCUGUUCAUAAGUGGAACUUUAGCACUGGAUUCAUUGAAGCUGUGUUCAAGCAUGAAGGUAUUGUUGAAAACUGUGUGCUGACCUCUUCUGGAGAAAUAAUGGUUACAUCAGAUGACAAAUGUAGCCAGUAUGUAUGGCACGCUGUUAGUGGUGAAAAUAUCUUCCGCAUUAAUGGGCAGAGGAUAUCCCAAUUGAUGAUUACUCAUAAUGACCAGUUUGUUGUCUCACUCUGUGAACAAAAUGCAUCCAGAGUUUGGCGGCUGGCUACAGGACACAGAGUUUGUAAUAUUCUAGUUGCCUUACAGAAUGCAUUUAUAACUAGUGCAAAUACAUUUGUAGUUGGAAUGACAAAGAAUAAAGUGUUGGCAGUAAGUCUCUGGACAGGAAGCAUAACCAAGAAGUUUUGUUGUGAUGAUGGGACAACUGUUGUUGAUAUUAAACUGAUUCCAGACUGUCCAGAUGUUGUUGUAUUUAUAACAUCUACUGAAACCGUGAACAUCUGGAAUCUGACAGAGGAAGUAAUCUGCAGACGUGUACAACUGCCUAACAAUUUCCUAAAAAAUUUAGAAGACUUUGAAAUAUCCCCCAAUGGGAAGGUAGGAAUUAUAUCCCGUGGUGAUGAGAACAUCAACGUGCUCGAUUUACAAAGUGGCAAACUUCGUGUAGUGCAUGCCCCUGGCAUUAUCUGGCGGCAAAGGCUGUCUCGUGAUGGCCGUUACCUCGUGUACAUCUGUUUUCGUAGUGAAGAUGAUGACGAUAAUGGUGCAGUCUCUAGCUUAACUGUAAUGAGACUUGCAGAUGGUAAAAAUAUCGGUGCCUGUUCCCUUUACAAAAAUCCAACUUUUCUUGCACUCUCUCAGAGGCAUUUGAAUAUUAUUGUAGGCUUUGAUGAUGGAAGCAUAGGUACUUACACUGUAGUGGAUCGAGUAGAUGCCACACUGAAAAUUAAAAUUGCUACUUCAAAUAGCCGUCAAAUUUUCAACAACGCAACACAAGUGAUUAGGCCUAAAUGUCACAAUUAUAGCUUCAAAGCAACUGCAGACUGUAUUUGGAGAGAGUCCACUGAGGUCUUUACAAGAGAUAGCCCCAUCACGGUGACAGACCCUGAAGCAAGUGAAGCAACACCAACCAAAAAACACAAUUAUUGCUAUGACAGAGUGUGCUCAGCCAUAGAUUGCAGAACACACAAUUUUGCUUCUGACAACUGAUCAUAUGCUUGAGCUAGUUUAUCUUAAUACAUAAUAUAUGUGUAUAGACUUGUCUUCUGUUUCAGAAAUAAACAACAGUGCAUUUCUUGAAAAACUAAAACAGCAGAGGGCCAUUUUUAGCAACAGUUCUAACAUUUGUGUAAACAAUAAAUGCAAAGCAAAUGUUUAAUCAAUGGGCUGCAGGGUUUUUAAAAUUUUGGAAUAUAAGAGUUAGUCCAAAAUUUCAUCCAGGGCCUUGACUAAAAAUUUCUAGCAAUACUAUUACAACUGUUAAACUACUACAGGUGUUAGAAUAUCUUAUUUUGGGGUUGACAGUACUUUAACUAGACAUAAGACUCCCCUUAAUGGGAAGAGGAGGCAAAACUUUUUUAUAGUCCAGGUAACCUGGGUGUGGACAAAGCAAAAUCUACUACUGACCUUGGUUUAUAAACCUACUUGCAAAAAUGUUUUUCUGCUUGAUGGUGCAAUGACAAAAUGUCAUCUGCCAACCUGGAACACUUGAUACAUUCCAUCAUCAUUUAAAAAUAAAUAGCUACUAAUUUUUUUAAUUGGGAUUAACCUUUGGUUUGAAAGGAGUGGGAGCUAAUGAGCAAACAAGUCAGCAUGUGAUAUUUAUCAGAUAAAUCGGUCUUUAUCUAAACGAACAAAAAAUUACAUGCAGGGAUUUCUGGUUUCUGAAUUCUGAUAAAAAAUAUAAAAACUGCUUACAGUAUUACCUAAGUCAUAAUAGAAGUUGAACACUGAAACUGUUGUUUUUUAUGUCUCUUUCACUGUGCUUAUUAGUACUGAAUAAAAAGAAUAUAUUUUCAAAGAGAAAGGGCAUUAUAGAUAAACAGUCAGAUACCUGUUCACUUCUCUUUAUGUUAAAAGGUUACUAUUCCGUCAGUUAUGUGAAAUUUUGAAAUAUCUCAUAAAUCCCUGUGGUAAUCUUAAAAGAAAGCAUUCAGACAUGCCAUACAUUAAUCUUGAUAACAUUUGCCUUACUAUCAUUCUUAUUUUUUCCUGUGUUAAAACACAGAUCAAAUGACCAAAUACUCUGGGACUAACAGAAUAUGCCUGCAUACAUGCUGAAAUAUUCCAUAUAACCUAAAGGUUUUCCAAAGGUUCUUUACUGUUCCAAUUUUUAAUGGAUUUCUUACUUCUACAUACCCUUAAUAUGCUUCUUUAUGUUUCACUUCCCACUUUACACCUAUUCUGAGCCUUUUGUACAGUUUUAUCAAUUUCAGGACAGAAAUUGUUAAAUAUUGUCAACUAUUUUUAAGAGAAACACUCUCACCUCAGUAAAAUAAAUGGCUGUUAACAUCUAAAUGGUGUGAAGUCUUUCUCCCCUAUACUUACCUUAAACAUGGCAUGUCCUUGAAAAACUUUUCAGAGGAUUUCAGUAAAACAACAUUUUCUUUUGUGGAAGUUAGAACUCCAUGCCACAAAAUUUCCAAGAAAUGAAUGCUAACCUAGGGGUUUAAUGUAGUGUGUGAAUGUGCUAUGUAAAAGCCAAUAUAGUAUAAUAAGUGACUUGAAUGACUUUUCCUAACUUGUUUGCAACUAAUAGAUCAUAUUGAAUGUUUUUAUGUAAACUUUGUAUUGUUGGGAAAAUUACCCAAUCAGAGAGUUAUAUUUUCAUAAAUGUUGAAUUUAGUUAAAAUUUUGUUACAGAGUUGUUAAAUUAGAAACCUAUUGCAGUCUUCAAACAAUAUACAGUCUUGUGUAUGCAUUGUUUGUAUGAAUAAACUAAGUAAACACACUA